AUGUAUUUGCAAAAGUUUAAUGUUCUAUUAAUAACAUUUUAUUUAAACUGCUACCAGGUUCUAAGUUUAGAUGCAAACAAUUAUAAUCAGAUUUUAACACAAUUAACUAAUAGUUUGGCAAAUUCAGAUCCAAGUUCUUCAUCAUGUUUUAAAAAUCAUUUGGCUACUUCGAAGAACAUUAGUGAUAAAUUCGAAAAAAGUCGUGAAACAUGUACGACCGUUGCUAAAAUUUCUUAUGAGAAAGCUGAUAAAGCAUACAUUCUACAACAGCGAAUUUUACAAAGAAUGACACAAAAUUCUUGCAAUGCCAUAAAAAAGUGCAAAAUAAAGAAAAGAGGAUCUAAAAGUUUAGAUUGUUAUGUUUUACAGGGUUUUGAAUCUGCAAAACGAUUCUCUAAGAUUUCUAUGGAUGCUAAUACAUGUUUGAAUUAUUUGAAAAAAGAUUAUAGUAAUAUCGAUGAUGAGCAAGAGUCGUGUAAUUCUAAAGCUCAGAGAGUUUUCGAAGAUGAGACUGUUGAGGCUGGGCAGGCAUUAAAAAAAUGUUUAAAAGGCAAUAAAUCGUAAAUUAAAAGUUAUAUUUAUAGAA